AUGGACCAGCGCCAAUGGGAACAACUGAAGUUAUGGACGCCGUUCCUGGGAGAACAGCCCUUGGAUGAAUGGGUAAUAGAGCUGGAGGCACUGAUCACGAGGGAUUUGUGGUUGGACAAAUCAUACCGCGCCUUGCAGUUUCACACGGUUGUCAUUUACCCAUUGUUUGUCGAGCACAAAGGCUUCCUGGGGGAGGACUACAAUGGCCCUUGUCUGCUAUGGGAGGAGUUUGAUAAUGGUAUGGCAUUUGGAGACCUGGACAGUUCCCACUUCUGGUACAUUCGAGAUGAGCAGGAAGACAGCUUGGGCCUUAAGUGGAUAAGGGAAAUGCAACCGGAUCUGACUUUUCUGGCUAACUGGAAGUGGGAGCUUGAGCAGGACUAUGCUCGACCAUUUAGCCGAGUCAGCAUGUGGGAAUACAGCACAAUGCCCCUUCUGGCAGCAUGUGGGAAUACAGCACAGUGCCCAGUCUGGCA